GUCAAGUUUCAGAAAAGAGAGAAAACUAGUGAGAGAGAGAGAGAGAGAAAAAAAAGAGAAACAAACGCUUGCUCACUCACUUUUAUUUUUCUUUGCCUCUUUUGCUUCUUCUUCUUCUUCAAUUUACAUAUCAUUUACCUACAAAGUUAUUCAAGGAAAAAAAAAAAAAAUUGAUUUUGAUCUCCUCCUUGAGUUUUUAACUAGUCCUCAGUAAAAAUAGGCAAAGUUAGUAACUUUUUUUUUGUUUAGAUCCUUCCUUAUGGGUAUCAAUUUCAUGAAAUCUGAAAUUGUUUUUCUUGCUCCUGUUAGUUCAUUGAAAAAGCAAACAUAUAGCUUUGAUCUGAUGCGAAUUUCUCUCCAAAUUUAAGCUUCUUAGCUUGAUUUUCUGAUCUGGGUUCCUCUGUUUCAUUACCAUUUCAGCAAGCAUUGUAUCAAAUUCUGUGAUCAGAUUCUGAAUCCCAAAUUUGCUAAUCUGAUCUGGGUUUUUCUUCGUUUUUCUAUAAAUUGCUUGAAUUUUUGGUUAAAUUUUGAUUUUUCAAUGGAAGAAAAUCAAGAAUUCAAACAUGUAUGCAAGUUCUGCAACAAGAACUUCCCCUGUGGUAGAUCUUUGGGAGGUCAUAUGAGGUCUCACUUGAUCAACAACAACAACAACAACAACAACAACAACAACAAUUCAGCAGAGAAUGAUGAAAAGCUCAUCAUCAUCAGCAGCAGAAGUAAUAAUAAGCACUCAUCUCUCAACAAUGGUGGAAUCAAAAUUACUGCUUCUUCUCCUUCUCCUCCAUCAACAACAUGCUUUGAAGCUGCAGGAGUUCUUCAUCCUGGCUAUGGUCUCAGAGAAAAUCCCAAAAAGACAUGGAGGAUUGCAGAUUCAAGUACUGAAGACACCAAUUCACUUCCAGACAAGUUUUGCAAAGAAUGUGGUAAAGCUUUUCAGUCUUGGAAAGCUCUGUUUGGUCACAUGAAAUGCCACUCAGAGAAAGAGAAAAUAUCAAACAGCUUCGAAGAGCAAGAUUCAUGGACUAGUGGAAACCACCACCAGAAGCAGCUUGUCAUGGAUAGCCAAUCUGACAAUGAAACAACUACUACUGCUCCUAGUCGGAGAAGGAGAUCCAGAAGAAGAACAACAAGGUAUUUGGGUACUACUGCGAAUUCUUCUUCUUUCUCUACCAUUCCUAAUGUAUCUUCAUCUUUGAAUUCUGAUGUUGCUGAUGAGCAAGAACAAGAAGAGAUCGCCAUGUGUUUGAUGAUGCUCUCUAGAGAUGUUGGUGGUCAUUGGGUUGGUGGUGGUGGUGGUUUGAAAUCUGUUGCUGAGUCCUCUGAUAAUUCUUCUGUGUUCUUGGAAACACCACCAGUAUCAAAAACCAGUAGGAUCACCAUUCUUGAUGCUAAAGAAGCUACUCCAAAGUUGAAGAAAUUACUCAACGGUAAAGAGCCCGGUAAGUUGAAUUCCUCUCUGGUUUUAGAAGGGAGACAAACAGAAUUUUGUGGUGUUUCUUCUGGGAUUCGAAAGAAUUUGUCAAGGAUGAACAGAACUGAAAGUUCCAUUGAUGGGUUUUUCAAGAAAGAUAAGAUUAUCAAGAAGUCCAAGAUAGAUGAAAAUGAAGCAUGUUUUGGUAAAGGAACUGAGUUAGAUGAAGCUGCAGAACUGUGUGGUGGUGCUUCUGCCAACAAGUUGAAUAAUUCAAACAAGAGAAAGAUUCAUGAUGAUUAUGGUCCAGAAUUGAGAUCAGAUUCUUUGAAGAAAUUAGCAAAUGGUUCUGCUUUUGAUUGCGAAAUCCGGAAAAGUUCACAGAAGAGAAGCAAAUUUGAGUGUACUACUUGUAACAAGAUCUUUCACUCUUAUCAAGCUUUAGGAGGUCAUAGAGCUAGUCAUAAGAAGAUUAAAGGUUGCUUUGCUACGAAAAUCGAAAGCAGCGAAAACAGCAUCGAAUUCAAAACCGAUAUCUCCCCUGAACCAGUGACAGCUGAAAGCAAACCAAUCAAAAACAGCAAAAUUGCGAACAACUCCAUUGAUAAUGAAAUGGCUGGUGGUGGUGGUGGUGGUGGUGUUGAUGAAGAAAAAGCUGAUCAAGCAAGUGUAAGGUCCAGGAAAAUCAGCAAAGGUCAUGAAUGCCCAAUUUGCCUCAAGGUUUUCUCAUCAGGCCAAGCUUUGGGAGGUCAUAAAAGGUCACAUUUAAUUGGUGGCGGUUCAGAGGCUAAAAGCAACCAAACAAUAGUGAUUCAGAAACCAAUCCCAGAAAUCAGAGAUCUUCUUGAUCUGAAUCUUCCAGCUCCUGUUGAAGAAGAAAACAAUGAUGGUCAUGUUGCUUCACUUAAGCCAUGGUGGGUUGGAAAUGGCAGCCACAAACAUGAAGGGCUCGUGGGUCUGAUCUCCAACUGAGUCCUAGAAUCAUUGACUCAGUUCCAAAAGCCAUUGUUGUUCUUCUCCAAAUAAAAGAUUUCCAAAAGAGUGUACAGAUACACAUUUCUGGACAAUUAUUUCAUUAAUUCUUUACAGAUGUUCAACAUCCCGCUGAGGUAUUGCUGCUCAUAGCCUUCAAAAAGCUAGGCCUUCAUCAAAAAUUUUCAAUCUUACAAGUUCCCUUUUUUUUUUUUUUUUUAACCCCCUCUUUGGUUAUACAAUAAGAAUACCCAUAUCUCUAAAUUUCAUCUUUAUUAGACUGUUUCACCUCCAAACUUCAAAUACUGUAACCAAAGUACAAUUUCAUUCUUUAUCAGAAAUGUGUAAUUUUUCAUUUUUACAUAGAGAAAGUGAUCUGUCUCUCUUUGGAGUAAUUAUAUUUUCUUGGCAUCAAAGAGAAAAUGAGU